AUGGUGUGGUCCACUCGGCGUCGGUCAAAGGCUGCAGUACGAACCACUGGCAGUGCUGGAACAAGGUCGCAGGACGCAGCAGACUCCGAGACGAUGGGAAAAGCCAAGAAGACGCGCAAGUUCGCCGCUGUGAAGCGCAUGAUCAGUCCUCGCGACACGCGCAUCAAUUCGGUGCGUAAGGCGGUAGCGCAGGCCGACGAGAAGAAGCGCAAGGCUGCGGAGCCCAAGCAAAUUGACCAGAUCCCGUCCAACAUGUUCUUCAAGUAUAACUCGGCGCUGGGCCCGCCGUACAACGUCAUCGUGGAUACGAAUUUCAUCAACUUCUCCAUCAAGAACAAGCUCGAGGUGGUCUCGGCCAUGAUGGACUGCCUCCUCGCCAAGUGCACUCCUUGCAUCACGGACUGCGUGAUGGCAGAACUGGAGAAGCUCGGCCACAAGUACCGCGUGGCGCUUCGACUAGCGAAGGACCCGCGCUUCGAGCGGCUGCCGUGCACGCACAAGGGCACGUACGCAGAUGACUGCUUGCUGCAGCGCGUGCAGCAGCACCGCUGCUACGUGGUCGCAACGUGUGAUCGCGAGCUCAAGCGCCGCAUCCGUAAGGUCCCUGGUGUCCCCAUCAUGUACAUUUCCAACCGCAAGUACGUGAUUGAGCGGCUUCCGGAGGCCAAUGCCGCCAAGAUCAAAUAG